UGGGGUGAUAGACCAAUCUAGUCAAGUUUUUAAUCCUUGAACACGAAGCAUACGUUUUGAAUAUUCAUCUUGCGUUUCAAACUUUUCUCGACUCAUAAGAGUCACAAAUUUUCCAUAUUAAUUUCACCUACACAUACAAAAUCACCCUUACAAAGACAUAAACAAUAUUCAUUAAGAUAUCAUACAACAUGGAGGAUGUUAAGGUUUUUGGUCUAUGGUCAAGUCCAUUCACUCAAAGGGUUAUUUGGGCACUAAAAUUAAAAGGAGUGAGUUAUGAGUAUUAUGGUGAAGAUCUUGCAAAUAAGAGCAACAUGUUACUGAAAUACAAUCCAAUCUACAAGAAGGUUCCUGUUUUUGUACAUAAUGGAAAACCAUUAGCAGAAUCAAUGGUGAUUGUUGAGUAUAUUGAGGAAACUUGGUCUCAAAUGCCUCUCUUGUCUCAAGAUGCUUAUGAGAGGUCCAAUGUUCGUUUCUGGUCAAAGUUCAUAGAGGAUAAGUCAAUGCAAAUGAUGGAAUUUUUUGUAUAUGAUGGAGAACGACAAGAGAGAGCAAUAAAAGAAACUUUGGAAACUUUGAGAGUGAUAGAAAAUCAAAGUGGGCUUAAUGAAAAAAUGUUCAUUGGUGGCAACACAAUUGGAUUGGCAGACAUAGCUUUGGGUUGGGUUGCACAUACUCUACCAGUGAUGGAAGAAAUUGUUGGAGUCAAGUUCAUCACAACUGAUGCAUUUCCUAAUCUUCACUCUUGGGUGAAGAAUUUCUUGGAAAUUCCUGCUGUAAAAAACAAUCUCCCACCCCAUGAGCUACUUGUUGAGUAUUAUAGGGAAAAGAGGAAGGUGUUUCUUGCAAUGGCUUUUCAUCAUCAUCAUCGCCAUUAGACUUUUGUGUGCUUGUUUGAUAUAUAUAAUGACUAAGUGUUGUUUUUUUAUAUUUUUUAUUGCAAUUCAUUUUUGAGAGAGCAAUGUUAUGUAGAAGGUCUUUUUAAAGCUUUUAGUAAUAUUUUAUUUAAAUUUAAUCAAUUUUUUUGGCUUGUAGAAUGCAAAACACCUCAAAGGUUACAUAUUAAGAUAAGAUACAUUAGUAUGAUACAUGUAUCAAAAUCAUGAUGUGAGUCAUAACUAGUUAUUGUAAUGAUUUAUAAUGUAAAAUAGAUGUAUGUUAUGUCAAAACCAUUUGUGUUC